AUGAAUGCUAAAAUUACAAAACUUGAAGCACAGUUUGAAGAAGAUAAAGCCGAUGUUGAUCAGAAGCUUCAAAAAGUAGAUGAUAUAUUUAAAGGAAUUUCCAUUUUUGUUAAUGGGUAUACGGAGCCCUCAGCUGAUGAAUUAAGAUGUUUAAUGCUUUUACACGGAGGCGUUUAUCAUCAUUAUUAUAGACCUGGAAAAACCACACAUAUUAUUGCUUCAACUUUACCCAAUGCUAAAUUUCAACAGAUGAAAACAUUAAAAAUUGUUAAAUGUGAAUGGAUCACAGAAAGUAUCAAAGCAAAAAAGUUAUUAAAUUACAAUAAUUAUUUAUUGCAAAAUAAGUUUUCUGAAGGAAACAAGGUGACAAAAGAAAGUUUAUUAUCUGGAAAUGGCUUUCAGAAAGGUAAGUCAGAAAUGGAAAAAUAUGUGUCUUCAAAAACUGCAGCAGAUAAAGGGUAUCUAAAUGAAUUUUACAACAAUUCUAGACUUCAUUAUAUUUCUAGUUUAGGGAACAUGUUAAAACAACAUGUUUGGGAAAUAAAGGAAAAUCAUAAUGGGGUUUUUCCUAAGCUCCAAAAUUUAGUAGGAAAUAGCGACUUUGACAGUGAAGAUGUUUUUUGGAAUAAAAACAUUUACAUGCACAUUGAUAUGGACUGUUUUUUUGUUUCUGUUGCUCUUAGAAACUACCCUCAUCUUAAAGGGCAACCUGUUGCAGUAACUCAUUCGAAAAUUAAUUUUGGUGCUAAUAAUUCUUUAAUUGAGACUAAGUUAAAUUUAGCUGUAGAAAAUUUAGACUCGUUAAAAUUGAAAAGCGAUGAAGGAGUCAAUCAGGAAAGUAAAGCUUUUUCAAUGUCCGAAAUAGCUUCUUGUUCGUACGAAGCCAGAAAAGCUGGUGUUUGUAAUGGAAUGUAUUUAGGAUCUGCUUUGAAACUGUGUCCAAACUUAAAAACAAUUUCUUAUGAUUUUAAAGGAUAUAAAGAAGUGUCUUUUAUGCUUUAUAACACUGUGGCAGAAUAUACUCUUGAUAUUGAACCUGUCAGUUGUGACGAAUUGUAUAUUGAUUGCACUAGUGUAUUAUCACAGAUAAAAAUCAACCCGAUAAAAUUUGCAAAUAUUUUGAGACAAGAAAUAGAAGAAAAAACAAAAUGUACAUCAUCUGUAGGUAUUUCUGAAAACAAACUCUUAGCGAGGUUGGCAACAAAAAAAGCUAAACCAAAUGGUGUAUUUUUUCUUACACCUGAAAAAGUUGAAGAAUUUAUUAAAAAAGUGAGUAUUUAUGAUGUGCCAGGAAUAGGAAGGAAUAUAGGAGGCAUUCUUAAAAAACUCUCUGUCGAAACUUGUGAAGACUUGCAAAAUUUUUCAUUAUCCUUUCUCAUGAAAACACUUGGUUCAAAAAUUGGGAAAAAUUUAUAUGAUCAUUGCAGAGGAAUAGAUGAUAGAAAGAUAAAUUGUAAUUUUGAAAGAAAAUCAGUUUCAGCUGAAAUUAAUUACGGUAUUCGUUUCAAUGACAAUGAAGAAACGGAAAUUUUCCUAAAGGAACUAUCUCAAGAAGUAUCAAAACGUUUAGUAAAUAUUAAAAUGGCGGGAAAAAAUAUCACGUUAAAAAUAAUGUUUAGGGCCAAAGAUGCCCCGAUAGAAGCCGCCAAAUAUCUUGGACAUGGUUUAUGUGAUGUUAUUAGUCGUUCUGUGACUCUUCCACAAGCAAGUAACGAUGAAAAUAUUAUAGCUAACAAUGUUAUUAAUUUAUACCAUUUGUUAAAUAUUCCACCGAAUGAACUUCGCGGAAUAGGAAUUCACGUGAACAAAUUAGAUAGUAUAAAUAAGUUAUCCCGGAAAAUUCAGUCGUACUUUGAAAUCGGUAAAAAUUUAAAAAAGUGUGAUUGUGAUAGAAUAGAUAAUGUGAUAAAGGAAACAGAUAAUAAUUCAAGCCGGAAAACUAUAAAGGAGAAUGAUAAUCAAUAUGAUAAGAAUGAAGGACUAAAUUUUCCUCAAAGAGAUUUUCCGGCAUCGGUUUCUUUUGUACCUGAAAAUAUGAGGUCAGAUGUUUUAAUUGAAGAAAAAAUAAAUAAUACCUGUAGGGUUAAUGAAAAAAGUAGUGAAAUUAUCGAAAAAGAAAAAUGUAGUCAAAAAUUAGAAAAUGAUGAAAUAAAAAUAGAUGAAGUAACGGAAAAUUUAAAAAAUUUAAAUUUUACCGAAGUGAAAUUAAUGAUUAAACAAUGGAUAGUAACGGAAAAUAAACCUCAGUUACAUGUGUAG